GUUCAAUUCAAGUAAUGCUCAAGGAGCUUUCCCAUGUGUCUCUAUUAUGUUAUACUGUAUAUAUGAAUACAUAUACAGUUGAAGUCAGAAGUUUACAUACACCCUAGCCAAAUACAUUUAAACUCAGUUUUUCAUGAGUCCUGGCAUUUAAUCGUAGAAAACAUUCCCUGUCUUAGGUCAGUUAGGAUCACUACUUAUUUUAAGAAUAAAAGUAGAGAGAAUGAUUUAUUUCAGCUUUUAUUUCUUUCAUCACAUUCCCAGUGGGUCAGAAGUUUACAUACUCUUUGUUAGUAUUUUGUAGCAUUGCCUUUAAAUUGUUUAACUUGGGUCAAAUGUUUUGGGUAGCCUUCCACAUGCUUCUCGCAACAAGUUGCUGGAAUUUUGGCCCAUUCCUCCAGACAGAACUGGUGUAACUGAGUCAGGUUUGUAGGCCUCCUUGCUCGCGCAGGCUUUUUCAGUUCUGCCCACAAAUGUUCUAUCAGAUUGAGGUCAGGGCUUUGUGAUGGCCACUCCAAUACCUUGACUUUGUUGUCCUUUGUUGAGCUACUGCUCAGGCCAUCGGCAAAACAAUGAGCAACAUGGUGGUUCUGAACUGGCAUAUUUGGCUGACUCUCACAGAGAUGCGUGACGCAGAGAAAGUCGCCCUCCUUGACACCCCGAUGUCACCCGAUGGUCUCCUUGGCAAUGCCAUGGAAGGCUUUUCAGAGUGCUUCAUUGAAGUGCAAACCCAAUCCCAAUCGAUGAAACACUUUCUGCCAAAGACAAAUAGCACUUCCCCUUUCCUGGCACGCUCCUGAUCUAAUUCUGUUCAGCGGAAAAUGAACGGUGUGCAUGUCACGAAUUAGCCCAACGAUUAGUUAUUACUAGCCCAAUCAAAGGCACUACUGAGCGAAUGCAGAGACUUGCUGCUUUGCCAUCUGAAAAACCUGGUUCUAAAUGUCAACUGGGCGAAAAGCACACUUUUCCCCAGCCAGCAAAUCUCCUUUUUAAGGGUUCCUCUCGACUCUGUGAGCAUGCACGCGUACCACACGAACGAGCAAGUACAGACCAUUCUUUGGUGUUUGUCUCAGUUCAAACUGGGGAAAACAUUGCCACUGAAGUAAUUUCAGAGAAUACUGGGUUUUAUGAUUGCAGUAUCCAUCGUCAUACCGUUAGGUCUGUUACACAUGAGACCUCUCCAGUACUGGCUCAAGCAACAUGUACCACAAUGUGCCUGGAGCCACGAGCGCAUGUGCAUUACGAUGACUCGCUGCUGCCUGGCUGCUCUAGCACCAUGGACAACGCUGGCCUUCUACCAACAGGGUGUUAUGCUGGGUCAAAUUUUCAGAAGGAAAGUGGUGACCACAGAUGUAUCCAACACAGGUUGAGGUGCAAUGUGCAAUGGACUCCUGACUUUCAGCACCUUGACAGGUGCGAAAAGAGCGUGGCACAUAAACUGCCUAGAACUACUGGCUGUCUUUCUAGCAUUGAGAGCUUUUCAUUCCGACAUUGUGAAUCACCACGUUCUGAUUUGUUUGGACAACACAACAGUAGUGGCGUACAUAAGUCACCUCUAAUGGAGCAGGCGUCAUCUCCUCUCACUGCGUGUGACACAUGUCCCAGGCUGCCUGAAUUACGGAGUGGAUCUGUUGUCACGCCAAGGAGCAUUACCAGGGGAAUGGAGAUUUCAUCCGCAGACAGUGAUGAGGAUUUGGGAAGUAUCCGGCAAAGCGGAAGUCAAUCUAUUCGCCACCGUGGAGAACGCCCCCUGUCCCCUUUGGUACUCCAUGUCCCAAGCCCCACUGGGCGUGGCGGUGAAACGCAAGUAUGCAUUUCCCUUGGUGCGCCUCCUUCAUUCUGUCAUCAGCAAAGUCCGAGUGGACAAGGAAACAGUUCUGUUAAUUGUGCCAAAAUGGCCCAUUCAUUCCUGGUUUCUGGAGAUGAUAGAAAUACUAGAUGGCCCACCAUGGGAAAUAUCGCUGAGGAGAGACUUCCUCUCUCAAGCAAAAGGCACAAUUUGGCAUCCUCAGCCAGAGCUGUGGAACCUACACAUGUGGCCCCUGAAUGGAGCACAUCGGAUGAGCCAGAAUUGGCUCAGUUGGUGAUGAACACCAUUUUAAAGGCUAAAGCACUGUCCACGAGAUGCCUCAAUGCACUUAAAUGGCAUGUGUUUGGAAAUUGGUGCUCUUCACAUGGUAAAGACCCAGUGAAUUGCUCCAUAGCUGAGAUUUUGACAUUUCUUCGAGAGCGGCUGGACGCUGGCCUUACUCCUUCAACACUCAAGGUUUAUGUAGCGACUCUCUCUGCAUACCACACCCCGGAGGCUGGCUCCUUGAUAGGCACACAUGAACUAGUCAUAAAGUUCCUUUGGGGAGCGAGACAUUUGAACCCCCUCGCCCUGCUAUGGUGCCAACUUGGAACUUAAAUCUGGUGCUGAAAGCACUCACAAACUCCCGUUCGAGCCAUUGGAAUCUGUUGAGCUGUGGGUGCUUUCCUUAAAGACCGCACUCCUAUUGGAGUUGGCCUCAUUUAAAUGGGUGGGUGACAUGCAGGUGCUGACAACUGACAGCUCAUGCCUGGAGUUUGGUCCAGAUCUGUCAAAAGCCACCAUUAAACCUAGAAAAGGCUAUGUGCCUAAGGUUUUAUCAAGCCCUUCAGGGCUCAGGUAGUUUGUUUGCAAGCCUUCUUUCCCUACAAUUUAAUUCAGAUGAGGAGCAGUCUAUGUAUAUGUUUUGCCCGGUGAGGGCAUUGCAUACAUAUAUCGAGCGCACUCAUCAGUUUAGGCUGUUGGAUGAGCUCUUUAUUUGUUAUGGAGGACACACAAAAGGAAUGUCCGUCUCCAAACAAAGGCUCUCUCACUGGAUCGUUGAUGUGAUCGCCCUCGCUUAUGAAUCACAGGGCGUGAAUUGCCCUAUUGGUAUCAAAGCGCAUUCAACCAGAGGCAUGGCCUCUUCAUGGGCGUGGACAAACAGUGUGUCCUUACAGGAUAUAUGUUUGGCAGCAAGAUGAUCCUUACAAAACAUGUUCAUGAGGUUUUAUAACCUGGACAUGGCGUCCAUCUCCUCACAAGUCCUCUCUGUAUAGAGUGCUUCUUACAUUCAGCGGGUGAGCCCAGGCCCUUAAUACGGGUGGGCUACUGACUAUAAUCCACAUAGGAACCUGUUUAUAUACUGUUAAACUGCCCCUUUAAAAGUCACAAGCACUCCCAUAAAGAAAUAAAACCUACAUUUCCAACCAUGUUGUGAAAGGGUUAAUAAACCAUACUGUGUAUAUCUAUAUGGUUCAUAUAGCUCCCAGACUACAUUAAUUUCCAUAUGGCGUCUGCCUCAUGGGGCUAUUCAUAUACACUCAAAUAUGUCUUGUAAGUCAUCAGCCUGUGGACUGUGACUCCUUGUGAAUAUCUCUAUUUAGCGUUUUAACUCUGGGAGUGUGAUGUCAUGUGAUGUCGGCGUGAUGGGAUAUAGUUCCCCAUAAGUGCUUGCAGCAAUGACGAGUGAACUAAAUCGAAAGGGAACGUCUCUGGGAACCAUGGUAACGUGUAACCGGAGACGUUAUCCUGACUCGUGUAAGCAUUAACAGUGUGCAUGAAGUAUUGAGGAUAUCAUAGCAUGUGGAUAAUAUCAGAACCAGAUGUGCAUUUUUUACAAGUUAGAAGGAUCCAUUCCACCAGUUAAUUUUCUCUUCUCAUAACAUCUUUGUGAAAUAUUAUCCAAUGUUUCUAUAUACACUUAAAUGUUUUUCACAGUCUCAAUGUUACAAAUUUCUUUAUUUAUUUUGUUGGUACCAGAGAAAUGCAGUGUUUGUUUACCGGUGUCUCCAUCCAUCAUGGUGACGGGGGCGUGUUUGAUGACGUAAUCUAAUACUAUCUAUAUAUAGAGUCUGUGUGUGUGUGUCAAAUAUGUAUUGUACUGUAUACAUUUAAAGGAAACUUAAUCAUAUAUGUCCAACUAAACCAUACAUUACCAUACAUGUUAUUUCUUAUCCAUUUUAGAAUGCUUCUGUGAAGGUGGCGAUGACAAACGCAUCCCUCUGCUGAGAGAUGUGUUCGAAGCUUUC